AUGUUCAAAAUCUAUCGAACAAUUCCUUACUUCUUCCUGAGAUCACAUUUCCACUUCUCGAUUACUUCCUUUUCAUCCUCCUCAUCGUCUACAAAAAUCACAGAAAUCGUAUCUACAAAUCCCUUUUUAAAUUACCUAAUCGAUUCUCUCGGAUUCCAUGAAGACGACGCCAUUGCUGUUUAUUCAGAGGUACCUCAUCUCAAAUCCACAACCAAUUCUAAUUUAGUUGUUAACAUCUUCAAAGAAUACGGCUUAAACAACGUCCAGAUCAGAGACAUCGUCUCAAUGGCUCCCAGAAUUCUUACAGUCAAACCUAACAAAACCCUAGAACCGAAACUAAAGGUUUUCACGGAACUAGGGUUACUAGGGCCAGAUCUCGUGAAGCUGGUUAAGAGGAAUCCUCUUAUUUUCUCCAGGGGAUUACAUACCCAAAUCAUUCCUACUGUUGAUUAUCUUCGAAAUUUACUCGGAUGUGAUGAGAAAGUGGUUAAAAUGAUUAACAGAUCAAAGUGGAUGCUGUUACCCAACUCGUCUCUCAGAAGAAUAUCGGCAAAUAUAUCAUUGCUGAAAAAAUACGGUCUCUCCGAUGAAAAAAUCUUGAAGCUUUUAGUCACUGAUCCUCAACGUAUGAAGCAGACACCAGAAUUGAUCGAAAGCAAGCUGCAAUAUCUUGAACAAAAAUUAGGUAUUUCUCGUGAUUCACCUCUAUUGAUUCACGCAUUGGUUGCUGUAAUGUAUCGUAGUGAAUCAGAAAUUGAGACGAAUCUACAAGUUUUUAGGAGAUUUGGUUGGUCUGAUUUGGAAAUAGGAACUUAA